AAGCAAUGGCUUAUUAAGCUCUUGGGGUAUAUAAGCCAAAAGGUUUUCAGCGUGCCCCUGUGCUUGAGGAGUUUGACAGCUCCCUGCUCAGCUGCCCAGGAGUCACUGGAACAUGUUCUUGACUGCAGAACUACUUGGGUUUGCCCUGAGCAGCUUCCUUAGAGUGGCAACAGGCUUUGACAUUGGAUUAUCCACGAAAUGUGUAGUGAUACCCAAGGAGAUGGACAUGUGCCACAACAUUGGGUACUCGGAAAUGAGGCUUCCCAACCUGAUGGGACACACAAGCAUGGCAGAGGUUAUCCUAAAAUCCACCACCUGGCAGCACCUUGCGCACACGGACUGUCACCCUCACGUGAGGACAUUCCUGUGUUCCCUGUUUGCACCCAUCUGUUUAGAUACGUUUAUCCAUCCUUGCAGGAGCAUGUGCGUUGCCGUCCGUGACAGCUGUGCCCCCGUGCUCGCCUGUCACGGACACCCCUGGCCCGACAGUCUGGACUGCGACCGAUUCCCUGCGGGCGAUGACAUGUGCCUGGCAUCUCUUACAAAGGAAUCCAAACACUUGCACAAAGUCCUACCAAAGCCUGCCUGCCAGGCCUGCCCAGCAGUGGAGGAGUUCUUUACUCACAGAAGAGUUCUUGAAGUUUUCUGUGACAAUAACUUUGCAGUGAAAGUAAAGCUGUCCAAAAAGAGAACAGUACUUGGUGACCAAGAGUAUAACAUCGAAUGCCAAGUGGAAUACAUUACCCAGGGCUCACUCUUGCCUUAUGAAACCCAGAGUAUGAUACAACAGUGGCUGCUUAUCAAUGAAAACUGUACGCAGAGGCUGACUCCGACCCAUCGUCCCAUGGUGUAUCUCCUUGUAGGCAAUAUUGAAGAGGGUAUCAUUUUAGUAAACCAGGUUUAUCGUUGGCAGAGGAGGGACUCCCAGCUGACUUCGGCUACUCAGAAGUGGAAAUACCAUAAAUGCUUGUAAAUAGUUAUCAUAUUAUUUGUAAAAAUUACUAUUAUACUUCUCAUGCCAAACUUAUCUUGUAAAUAGGAAUGUACUAUAAGUGGAAUGUAAAGUCUUAAUUUCCCUUUAAAUUGUAUUAUAAGUUGAACUUAAACCCCAGUGUUUUCAGGCCUCCUUUCUGUAGGUUUCCAGCUACUCACAUCAAGCCUGAACUUGGACAAGCAUGUAUAAAUGUUUCUUUGAGUUAUUGCAAAAAAUAUUUUGUAAUAUCUGCAAAAACGGGCAUAAAGCAGUUUUAAUCCAGCUCA